AUGGCGGGUGUCGGGCGGGCGGGCGAUGCAGUGGGUGGCUGGCUGGCUGGGGAGGCCGUGGGCCAUCCCCACAAGAAAAUUGACCACCAGCCACCACUGGUAGGCGGAGCCUUCACAGUAAUAGAAAGUAAUCUGACUUUCUUUCACUUUCGUGUUUUUUUUCCAAAGAAAGGUAAGACAGAAGCAGGAAAUCUGAGCAGAGAGUAUCACAGUUCUCCAUAUUAUCCCAAGUGUGUUAUUGGAGACGAAGCGGUCAUCAUGUGUGAGGUGGUGGUUUGUGAUACAUCUGUGGUGCUGAAAUUUGGAAGAAUCACACAUGAAAAGACGGACGCCUUAGUAAACCCAACCAAUGCAACGCUGGAUCAAAACACUGGUAUAAGCGGAGUUAUUCUGGCCGCAGCGGGGGAUACUGUGAAGGCAGAAUGUGAACGUUUAAGCAAGCUCCCCAAUGAUGGACAUGUUGUAACUGUGGCUGGAAAUCUCGAGUGUCAAAGAAUAAUUCACCUGAGAGAUGUAACAGCAGAGACCAUUGUGACAUUGGUGAAAAAAGCUCUAAAGGCCUGUGACCAGUUCAAUAUGGCAUCUGUUAGCUUCCCGGCCCUUGGAACUGAUACCCUUGAUGCCCAGACAUCCAUUAAAUUAAUUAUAAAGGGUAUUGAAGAUUACAUGACUAACCCAUCUAUCAUGACAAUCAUCUCAAAGAUUGGCAUCAUUGUCGGAGAGCAGAAUGUUUAUGACCAGUACCUAAUGUUUUUUCAAAACUACCAGACCAAUUAUCCUCACUUCACGGCAUUUGGGAAAACAAUAGAGUUAAUAAAAGGAGACAUCACAGACCAAGCUGUGGACUGCAUUUUGAACCUUACAAAUCAGACCUUAAAUCAAUCUCGUGGUGUUUCUGGAGCUAUACUGUCAGCUGCUGGUGACACAGUGAAAGAAGAAUGCAGAAGGAUGAUUGGAGGGUUUAGAGCUGACGGUGCUGUAGUAACCAGUGGUGGAAAUCUUAAAGCUAAACAUAUCAUGCAUAUUAUUGGGCCAACAACAGUGCCAGACUAUGAACCUUCCAUAGACAUGAUUCUGCUUAAAUGCCAUGAGAGCAAGUUCACCAGCCUGGCUCUACCAGCUAUUGGAACAGGCAUGGCUUGUGUUGACCCCGAAGCAUCCAUUAAGGCAAUAUUGAACAGCGUUUUGAAUUACUUACUGGAGGCAUUGGUUCCAACGCUUGAAAGAAUCAGCAUCAUCGUCAUUCAGGAAAAAAUUUACAACACCUACCUUAAAGUUUUCCAAGCCAAAUGCACUGAAAUCCAGGCGAUUCAACGGGAGGAAAGAAUUUUAGCAGCAAUACGAGCGCAAGUUAAGAUUCAGUACCCAUUAACAUGGACGAACAUCGGAACAUCAGAAUUUUUGGAAGUGACUCUGGGGGAAGAUUCAGAAGAAUUCAAAAAAGUAAAAAAUGACUUCAUGGCAUCUUCAACACCAGGAUCAUUUCAAGUCCUGAAGAUUAAAAGGAUUCAGCACGUGAAACUGUGGCAGAGCUUCUGGAUUAACAAAAUGGCCGUGGAUCGAAAAAAUCCAGGAAAGCGCAAUAUACGUCAUCUUUACCAUGGUACAGCAUUUGACAACAUCAAAAACAUUAACCAAGGAGGCUUCAAUCGCAGUUACUGUGGAGUGCAUGGAACAGCCAAAGGAUACGGCACCUACUUCGCUGUGCGGUCAAAUUACUCUUGUGGCGACACCUAUUCUACUCCUGACAGCAAUGGGCACAAGUAUGUCUACCAAGCUGCAGUGAUAACUGGAAAACAUUGUCAAGGAACCUACAAGUUAAAAGAGCCUCCCCACCUCAGUAACGACCCCACCGGUGAGCGCUAUGAUUCUGUGGCAGACAAUAUGACAGCAACCACGUACUUUGUGGUGUUCCAUGAUGACUACGCCUACCCCGAAUACCUGAUCACUUUCAAAUCCUGCUAGUGAUUCCUAGAACAUUGCCAAACGGAAACUGCCAACACUAUUACACCAGAAUGAUACAGGAUCUCCGAGAAGGCCCUGACUUUAUGGAAGGACUUCACUUUUGAACAUGCUAGUUGUCUGGCUGGAGUUUUGACUUCACGUGCCAUGUACUGGUUUGGGGAACAAUGAUUUAUAAAGUACUGAAGUCGGAGACAGCCAUGUGACUUGCAUUUUUAAAAGGGGCCAGCAAUGGCAGCCUAUACUGUAUAGUUCAUUCAGUACAUUUUAUCUAUACAUUUGUUUAGUGGAACCAAUUCCCGAAAUUUUAAGCAUUCUGAAUAUGCUCCAAGUUUUUCAUACUGCAAUACAUUUUUACUGACAAUCAUAUGAAGAUAUUCCUUUCUGUGACAAAUUUUAUAUAGUUGUAUUUCCUGAUGUUUAACUCCAUCUGCCUUUUAGCUUUAGUUUAUAUACUCUAUUUUUUUAAACUUGAAGACUUUUUUGAAACAAAUAAUCAUUCCAGUAAAUAAAGUGCAUUUAAAUCAAA